AUGUCUACCUGCCCUGUUACCGAGACCCGCCUCAGCCAGAUCGCUGCCGACGUAUGCGCCGCGAUCACGAAACAUCACAUACCAGUACUGACACUGGAUAGNGCUUGCGAUAAUGCGUUCAACAGUGCCACUACAUACAACCACGCCCAAACAGAGCAGUGGAACUCAGAGAUUAUCGUUCGCCUCGCACUAUGUCCUUUAUGUCGUUCACCAUCUGACGCGCUCCAUAGNAAAUCCAUCCUGACCGCUCUCAUCUCCGAAUCUAAGGGUGAAACCCAGUACAAGUUCGCUGUCAACUCGACCAUUAUCCAGCACUUGACCGACCCACGUCCCGCUGGCUCCGACGCAACNCCCUCUACUGCCACCGUUGGUCGCCGUGGUAUGCACUCUGCUACUGGCGCAUACUGGAACACCGAGAAGGACGGCAUCUGGAACUACAAGUACGAAGGUGGCGAAGCCAAGGGCAUGGAUGUUGUCGUCUGUGUCAUGUGGGUCGCCAACUGA